CUUUUCUCCCCCUUACCACCACUUACACUCCUACAGGUACUCUCACUUGCACACCUGAUUACGAACGUAUGUAUGAAAGGAGAUAGAGAUACUCCCUAACAGAGGCAGACUCAUUUAGAAAUUGCUUGAAGCAGACGACACGUUUGUUCUGAGAGGUUUGUUCACCAUGGACUACGAAGAAGUGAUUGGGACAAUUGGAGGAUGUGGACUUUAUCAGAAACUGGUGCUAGCUUUUCUCUUCUCUUCAACCAUUAUGGAUGGUUUACAAGUUGGAAGCAUGGUUUUUAUUGUACCUGACUUAGAUUACAAGUGUGCUAUUCCUGGUUACAACAAUGACACUUAUAAAAUCCAAAGUGAAAUCGAUGAAGAACUGAUCAACGAAUAUAUUCCAAAGAGUGAAGAUGAAGGGGAGGUGGUUUAUGAUAAAUGUUUGAUAUAUUCCAAUACCACAGAAAAUGGAAAUCGAACGACACAGAAGUGCAGCUCUUGGGUGUAUGAUAAAACCAACACGCACAACUCAAUCACCUCUGAGCUGAAUCUCGUUUGCGAUGAUGCGAUUCUGGCAAGGCACGCCUUUACAUUUUUCUUCAUGGGCUACCUUUUCGCCAUGGUCGUUUGUGGAAUUUCAUCAGACAGAUUUGGUCGCAAAAAAGUGAUAAUUGUGUGUUUAUUUCUGCAAGGGUCAACCGGAAUAGCAACGGCCUUCAUCUCCAACAUUUAUGCCAUAUAUGUGUUACGUUUUCUCACUGCUGUUGGUGGUGCUGGAUCCUACAUUCCCUCAGUUGUCUUUGCUUCUGAAGUGUCUUCGGCGGACAGUAGAAUGAAAUCUUCCAUUGCCAUCCAAAUGGUAUUUACCGUCGGACUCAUGAUCCUUUCUCUUCUGACUUACUUUGUGAGGACCUGUUUCCUAGACGAGUCUCCCCGAUGGCUCCUCAAUAAAAAGAGAACAAAAGAUGCCAACUUAAUUCUUAGCAACAUCGCCAAACUGAAUAAAACAGUUUUGCCUCAAACAGAAAUCGUCAACAUUUUCUCAUCGAACAAGAAAAAAGUAGAAAUCUGGAAAAUGUUUACCAUUCCUCAGCUUCUAAAACGGACCCUAAUUUUGAUGCUAAACUGGGCGAUUGUGAGUAUGGUAUAUUUCGGCAUUGCUCUUAAUGUUGGCAAAUUGUAUGGCAAUCUCUAUAUGAAUUUCUUUUUGAUUUCGAUUGUCGAGUUUCCGGCCUAUACUCUGUGCAUCCUUCUGUUAAAUCGUGUUGGAAGAAAAAAAUUGCAUACUAGCAUGAUGGUUUUGGCUGGAGUCACUUGUAUCGCUGGAAUAUUUCCCGUUCUCUAUGGCACUAAAGCCCAUCGAUGGAUGUUAACUGCCAGUUCGAUAUUAGGCCGUUUGUUUAUCACUGCAUCUUUUGGAAUCGUGUAUUUAUACACUUUGGAAUUAUAUCCAACUUGUAUAAGAAACGGUGCAUUGGGGGCUUUGUCAACCUUUGCACGUGUUGGUGGGGCUUUGGCACCUUACACUCUCAACUUUUCAGAUUUGGUUCCUGGCAAGGUUGGUCGAAUACUGCCGAUGGUUCUUAUGGGAGCACUUUCCAUAACCGCGGGGCUAUUUUCAUUGUUAUUACCCGAAACAAACAACAGGAAAAUGAUGGACAACUUCAAUGAUUUGACCAAAUCUGGACAACUGGAGUUAGCUACUAAAAAGGAUGCAAUUCUAAUGGAAGAAACUCACCCAAUGAAACCGAGACAAUCUGCAGAGGAUAUAAAAUCUUGAUGUUUGUUCACCAUGGACUACGAAGAAGUGAUUGGGACAAUUGGAGGAUGUGGACUUUAUCAGAAACUGAUGCUAG